AUGAACUCAGCUGUGGUAUUGGUGAUAGUCAUGUUGCUGGCCAGCCACGUCAGCAGCUCACCGAUCAUAAACUUUUCGUGGGACACGCCGAGGCAUUUUUGUGGAUCACAACUCGCCAACGUGUUGGCGUUGAUCUGCAGCAAUGGAUACAACUUCCAUCCGGCAAGUGAUGAUGUUACCGUCCCAAGCCGCCGUCGAAAAAGAGUAAUAGUUGAAGAGUGCUGCGAGAACACUUGCACUCCACAUCACCUGAAAGCCUACUGCUGGGAAAAUCGAAGGUCUGAUACUCGGAGUGUUUUGGAACCGUCCGCGUCUGUAGAGAAACCCUCGGUAGACAAAAACGUGAAACCCCAGAAAGACCCCACGAGUAACACACUAGUAGUAGACAACAGUCUGAUGCAGGCUGAGCAAGCGACUGUCAAAACGAAAUCCAAUAGUAUUAUUAUACCCAAUUCUAAAGAGCUCGGUAGGCAAAACAACAUUAAGACCAUAAAAUACAACACGGUCUCGUACGUCCCAAAGAAAGAAGCGGUGAUCGUCCAGGACCCGGUGCCAGGACGAGUGAAAACUGUAACACCAUACUUUGACAAAAUGCCAUCGGUCAUCGUUACUAAAACCACGCAACACUGA